GUCGGAUUCUUAACGGACCGAGCUACUCAGGCUCCCCACAAAUAUUCUUUUGUUAGUCAACAAUAUUGUUUUGUGUUCAAGGUAAUAAGAAUUCCAAAAAGGGAACAAUUCAGUUAUUUUUAGGGCUCUAUUCUGUUAGAGCAAAACAGAUGCAAAAAGUUACAUAAUCAUAAGAAAUGUAAGUAUCAUCUUGAGAUAUUUGAAGACUAAAGAAAACCUAUAUUUGGCAUAGGAAGGACUGGCGAGUGCUUGAAACAUUUGCCCCUUAGCUGACUGUUGCCUCAUAUAGUCAUGUGUGAUGACAUGUGGGUCACUCAUACAUAGAUCAUACGUAGGGCUCCCUAAGACCAGUUUGGAUUUGAACUUGGGUGGUAGCAAUGGGAGUGAAGUAAGACGUUUAAUGGUGAUGAAAUUUAGAAAAAGAAGAGAUUUCCCAAACAGAUUGAAACCUAAAAGUGGAAAUUGGGAACUCUGAGUCUUCCCUGGAAAUGUGAUAAAAGGGAAUCACAAAUCACAUUGAGCCAAAAAACACCCAGUGUUUUCUGCCGUUACAAACAAAAUGAAUAUUCCUGUGUUACUACAGCAUCCUCACCGGCAUUUCCUAAAAGGCCUUUUAAGAACACCUUUUCGAUGUUCCCACUUCAUCUUUCACUCAAGUACUCAUCUCGGAUCAGGAAUCCCUUGUGCUCAGCCAUUUAAUUCUCUUGGACUCCAUUGUACAAAAUGGAUGCUGCUGUCAAAUGGUUUAAAGAGAAAAUUAUGUGUACAAACAACUUUAAAGGAACACACAGAAGAACUUUCUGAUAAAGAACAAAGAUUUGUGGAUAAACUUUAUACUGGUUUAAUCCAAGGGCACAGGACCUGCUUAGCAGAGGCCAUAACUCUUAUAGAAUCAACCCACAAGAGGAAAAAAGAGCUAGCCCAGGUGCUUCUUCAGAAAGUAUUAGUCUACCACAGAGAACAAGAACACAUAAAUAAAGGAAAACCACUAACAUUUCGAGUGGGAUUGUCUGGGCCCCCUGGUGCUGGAAAAUCAACCUUCAUAGAAUAUUUUGGAAAAAUGCUUACUGAGAGAGGCCACAAAUUAUCCGUGCUAGCUGUGGACCCUUCUUCUUGUACUAGUGGCGGAUCACUCUUAGGUGAUAAAACCCGAAUGACUGAGUUAUCAAGAGAUAUGAAUGCAUACAUCAGGCCGUCUCCUACUAGAGGGACUUUAGGAGGUGUGACGAGGACCACAAAUGAAGCUAUUCUGUUGUGUGAAGGAGGGGGAUAUGACAUCAUUCUUAUUGAAACCGUAGGUGUGGGUCAGUCAGAGUUCGCUGUUGCUGAUAUGGUUGACAUGUUUGUUUUACUACUGCCACCAGCAGGAGGAGAUGAAUUGCAGGGUAUCAAAAGAGGUAUAAUCGAGAUGGCAGAUCUGGUAGCUAUAACUAAAUCCGACGGAGACUUGAUCGUGCCAGCUCGCAGGAUACAGGCAGAGUAUGUGAGUGCGCUGAAAUUACUCCGCAGGCGUUCAGAAGUCUGGAGACCAAAGGUAAUUCGUAUUUCUGCCAGAAGUGGCGAGGGGAUCACUGAAAUGUGGGAUAAGAUGAAAGAAUUCCAGGACCUCAUGCUCGCCAGUGGGGAGCUGACCGCCAAACGACAGAAGCAGCAGAAAGUUUGGAUGUGGAACCUCAUUCAGGAAAGUGUGUUAGACCAUUUCAGGACCCAUCCCGCAGUCCGGGAACAGAUUCCUCUCCUGGAAAAAAAGGUUCUCAGUGGAGCCCUGUCCCCAGGACUAGCUGCUGAUGUGUUGUUGAAAACUUUUAAAAGCAGAGACUCGUGAAGUGUAUCAUUUCAUAAAGUAUUUCAAUAGUAAAGUCCACUUAUAUGCUUAUAUUUUCAGUAA